CUGACAGGCAUGGCACAGACCGCAAAAGCUUACCACAUCCACUCCCGAUCUCCUUGACUGAACACCAAGAUUAUAUGGCCAACAUCAGCAUCGUGGAAGCCGACCACGAAAGGGUCGAAUUCCCCACCACAGUCAACGGUCUCCCCACCGGAUUCCCACCAGUCUUAGCACGACGUGGAGUACCCGAAUUCAUGUGGGAUCAAGACAUGUACAUCAUCCGGCAUAUGGCAGAAAGGCUCUCUAAAGACCAAAAUAGGGAGAUAGUUCUGGUGUGUUUCACAUGCGGGCUGUCGAUUUGUUUUUACGGUGCCGCGGUGGAUCGGUUUAAUGAUCGACUGCGAACCUAUGUUGAUGGGAUGAAUGCGAGGUAUGCACCGUAUGGGGUUGUUUGGGAGAUGAGAUGGAUUCCAUAUUGUGGGACUUUCAUGUCUUAUGAGACUUAGCUGUUUGGUGUACGUGCAUGGGUAGGGGAUGUGUGAGGAGGGGGGUUGGAAGUUCUGGUUCAGGAGCUGAAAAUAGAUACCUAGCCAGUAUUGAGCGAGUUAAUGCUAUGUGGAUUCCAUUGUGAUUGGCUUAUGCUAGGUCUCAACGAUGGGACAUAAUUGCGAUCGAC